AUGACUACAACACCCAGCGCCCGGCAGAGUGACCCCGAAAAGGCAGAGAUGGUGGCCCAGCUCGCCCCGGUACAGCUACAGUCGCCACCCAACCCUCUCCACCCCAGUGUCCAAGAUCGCCUGCAUCCCGAAUAUGUGGCCUUCUACAACAAGUAUAUCCUGCAUGCCCAACAGGUCCAUCUCCUGCCCGUUGACGUGGCUCGGAUAAGCGGAACCGUACCGCCCAGCCAUAGCAAGCCCUUGCCAGUCGGAAAAGUCCACGACCUCUUGCUCUCCCGCCGAGAGACCCCGGGCCCGGGGGUGCCCAUCCGCUGCUUCAUUCCACCUGGUGUACCUCCGCGGUCUGGUUGGCCACUGGUGCACUAUUACCAUGGCGGGGGUUGGGUGUUCGGCGCCAUCGACACCGAGAACACAGUGUGCACGCACAUGUGCGUCCGCUCUCGAGCCGUGGUAAUCACCACCGACUACAGGCUUGCGCCGGAGGACCCCUUCCCAGCCGCAAUCCACGACGCCUGGGAAUCCUUUCUGUGGUCGACGUCCUCCCAAGGACAGAGCUGCCUCAAGCUGGACCUCGGUAGAGUCGCCAUAUCCGGAGCCUCGGCGGGGGCCAACAUCGCGGCGGUCAUCGCCCAGAAGGCCGUGCUUAGACCCCAGCCGGGUGUGUCUCUCCGGUCGCAAGUCCUGGUCGUGCCUGUGACGGACAACACGGCCACGCCCUACUCAAGUCCCACGUGGAAAGCGUUCGAGUUCACAGCGCACCUCCCCGCGAAGAAGAUGCUCUGGUACCGGCACCACUACCUGCCGAACAAAGGCGACUGGUCGAACCGGGAGGCCUCGCCCCUUCUGGCCCCGGACGACGUCUUCAGGCUGUUACCCCGAUCCUAUAUCAUUGUCGGCGAAUUAGAUGUCCUGAGACACGACGGCGAGGAAUACGCCCGGAAGCUCACCGCCAACGGUGUUCCCACCGAGCUGAGCGUCGCCGAGGGGAUGCCACACCCUUUCCUCGCCAUGGACGCCGUGCUCGAAGCCGGCAGAACGGCCAUCACGAAUAUAUGCGAGGAGUUGACCCGCGUGUUUGCAUGA